AUGGAGAGUAUGAAGGUGAGCGAUGACUUAAUUCCUAAGAAGAUAAGAAAAUACCAAUUUGUAAAGCAAAUUCCCAGUUAAAGUGAUUUUAUUUCCUGCGUUUACUAAGAUGAAUCCAGCUAAUUGUUUAACAUCAAGUUAAUGGAAUAAGAUAUAUGGAAGGAUUCCCCUUUGAUUUCUGAAGAAACAUUCGACCAUCUAAGGACGCUUCAAGAUUAUGUAACUCAAUUGAAGCACUUUAAAGAAAAAGGGUUUACUCUAAAGGAUAAAGUAGUAAGCUAAAGAUACUUUUUCAUCGUGUUAACCCACAUGGAGUACUCACUUCAAGUAGCAUAUGAAAUGUCUAAUCCUUAAUCAAGAGAAUAAACAUUGCCAGAAAAAGGUAAACAAAUGAUAGAUAUAAUGAUGUAGCUUCAUGCUACCAAAUUUAUACACACAAACAUUAGGUUAUCUAGCUUCUUAUAUAGUGAAGAGAAAAUUUACCUUGAUGAGAUCUGGUUGUGUGAACCCUAUAACAAAGAUAAACCUCUUCAGAUUACUCAAAAUGAACCAUCUAAUUACUAAUACUAAAAACUAAUAGAUUCUAGGUUAAGCAACCUCAUCAGUGUUGUUAUCUGUGCUUUAGAGUUGCUAGAGGGAUCACUUCCCUGGGCUGGUUAAGUUACUUCUGAGAAUAUCUUGAAUGCAUAAAAUGCUUUAUCAGUUGAUAAGUUUACAGGUUAAGCCUAAUAAAACUUAGUCAAAUUGUUCAAAUUUUUGACCAAUACCAAAUUCGGAGCUGACUUUUCAAAAGUUUAUCCUUAUCUCUCUAGGAAAAUGGGAAAUUUAACAGGUGAUAUUGGUGAUUUAUCUCUUGCUGAUAUGAAUAAAAUGUCAGAGGAAAAAUAAGUGGAAGAUCAGCCUGAUCAAGGUUAAAACAACAUUAGUGCAAAUGCAGAUAAGAAGAGAGGUAUACCAGUAUCAAAUAUAUCCCUGAGUGGACCUGUCAGUAACUUAAGUUAAGGGAGAAAUAUUAAAAAUCUCAGUGCUAAUAGAGGUUUUGAUUCUAUAAGAAAUAUACAAUAAGUUGCUUAAAUGGAUGGAGAAGCGGAGUUCUUACAAGUUAAGCUUAGAACACUAGAUACUGAGGUAUUUAAAGAAUAAGAUUAAAUCCAAAUAUAAGAAAAUAAAAGCUAACUAAAAGCUAAUUUAAGUUCUUAUUAAUCAACGCAUCUAAAAUCUAACUUUUCUAAAAGUUUGGAUCUCUAACAAAAUUUGCCAAUGCUUAAGCUAGAUAAGAAGCCUUCAAAAAAUUAACAGAUUUUAUUGUAAUCUGUCAUUAAGAACCCUAAGCAAUAGAACAAAUUGACUCAGAAAAAUGAAGUAUUUGUUAGAAGCUUUUUCAAAAAAAAUGACGAAACAGAUAGUGAGGAAGAAAAGAAAUAACUUGGAAAUAUACCUGCAAAUAAAAAAUAGUAUAAAUUCUCUCUCCCAAUAGACGCUAUUUCUAGAUAGGCCUGGAUUUAUUAAGCAAUAUAACAAAACAAUGAUGUAACUCUCUCAUCACUUAAACUUGAGGAAAAUGAAAUCAAAGCUGUGAAGGCUGUCGUUUACAAAGAAGGAGAAAACAAUCCUCUACAUACUCUAGACCUUACAAAGUCACCAAGCAAUAGACAUUUGUUCUAGGGAAGUUUAUGGCUAGAAAAGGGUCAUAAAUACGACUACUACUUUGAGUUGAGUGCUAGAGGAAAAACUUUUUACUUUAUCAAGGCAUCUUACUAUGAUAAAAAUCCAAAAGCGAUUGAUAGCUACAAAAUAGAUUUUAAAAGCUGA